CCUCUUGCAGUCGUCUCUACCCCUUUCCCUCCAACUCCUUCUUCCUCCUCCUCCUCCUCCGACUGGCUGCAACAGUAUCCUCUGCCCUGCCCUCGCCCCUGUUUGUUCCUCACUCAUUCCACCCUCUGGUACACUCCCUUUCUCGCUGAACUCGCAGAUUUUCCUUCUUUACACACGACUUUCUUUCGUAACGCUCGAAGAAUCUCACUGCAUUUCUCCUCAACAAGCUGCUCCGAAUCUUCGGCCUUUUUGAGAGAAUCGAAAUCUUCUAUCGUCCUACCUUGAGGCGAAUGCAAGGCAGAGCCUGGUGAUGGUUACAACGUUGAUUUCGAAUCCAAGCAUGUGGCCGUUGCAGGGUGGGAAUGGGACUUCGUGUGCCCCUGACGUCCCUCUGUCUGCCCCGAUAUCCAAUCUCUCUCUCUCCGCAUCUCUCCUCCUGCUCAAUCAAAGGACCCAACAGGCUCAGUCUCCUUCUACCCAGCUUGCGGCCAACGUGGGGCUCCCUUGGUUGGUAUCGUCUCAGCUCACUCCAACGAUGUCGUUGGCUCCAGCGCACGGCGGGCUUCUGAACGAUUUGGCUGCCUCGUCCUCCCCUACCAUGUCAGGUCUUUUUGCACAGACGGCUCAGAAAGACAUGGCUGCGAAUGCCAGGGACAUUGCUAGCCUGCUGAGCUUCAAGCUGGGAAACACGCAAGGGGCAGAGGACAGGAAGGAUCUUUUCAACAUGAAUGCCAGCGGUCUGUGCCCCAACCCUUUCAUGCAGGCAUCCAUUGGAUCCUCUAAUUUGAUGAUGCCUCAUGACAACAGAAAUCUCAUCUUCGGCCUCGGUUCCAACUUGGCUGCCGACCAGUUGUCUCAACACUCCAUCUCCAACAAUUUUGUCUCGUCCCUCGCAGCCCGCGAGUCUCCUGGAAUGAACAUGAGCGCUGGGCACAGCUCUACCCACGAGGAGGGAGAACGCACCAACUCCAUGUCGUACGGAGUGCGCUCCUCCUCCUCCCCUCUCACACAUGGGGGCAGCCUUGAUGGCGCUGCGACCAACGCCAGGGCCAAGGCUGGAGCUGCGAGCGUGAAGAAGGAGAAGGAGGAGAGAGGCUCCGCUUCUCCGCAGAGCCCCUCAUCAGGUGAUGAGCAGCCAGGAAAGAGCAGCAGCCGCAAACGCCCUCUUGAAGCUGGCGAAGGGGGUAGCUCGACCAAACGUUGCAGCCGGUACUGGACCAAGGAGGAGCACGAGAUCUUCCUCAAAGCCUUGAAGAAGUAUCAUAGACCCCAGGGACCCUCCCCCAACAACCGAGUUCGGGUGGGGCUCGGCGAGGGUGUUGCAGAGCUCAUUGCCGCGCAUGUUAAGACAAGAUCUCCCGCACAGGUCCGCUCGCAUGCUCAAAAGUACUUCAUCAGAGAGUCGAAGGUCGCGCCACAUUCCGAAGACCCUGAAAAGUCUCCGUGA